AUGGCGUUUGGAUCCGAGUUCGGUUGCUGUGAAGCGGCUGACAUCGAUGUGUUGCUACUGCUCUUCUGCCGAAGUCAUUCCCUGAAAGCCUGGGCGCUGGUUGGCGCUGCGCCAGAAGCCCUACGACGACAGAGUCAAAGCCUCCGC